UUGUGGUGGCCUAUGUUCAGUGGUAGAUAAGAAUUUACCCUAUAAAGAACAGAAAGUAUGUUCUGUCUUCCUCAAAAGUUUACAACUUUCCGGUUCGUAAGAAGAUGGCAGCCAUGUCUUUCCUUUCAGCUGCCCCUUCAAGCUCCUUCCAUGGUGGUGGUCUUCAUCUGGGCAGGAGCGAUCCCUGCCUCUUCGGUUGCUACGGCAAUUCACGGAGACCUUCUCUUUCCAUCAGGUGCCAAUCGACUAAUACCAAGGAGCCAAAGACUAAUAAUAAUAUUCUGGACAAUGCGAGCAACCUAUUUACAAACCUGUUAAGCGGUGGAAGUUUGGGGUCAAUGCCCACUGCUGAAGGAGCUGUCUCUGAUUUGUUUGGAAAGCCUCUCUUCUUAUCUCUCUACGACUGGUUCAUUGAGCAUGGAGGAGUGUAUAAACUUGCGUUUGGUCCAAAAGCCUUUGUUGUCAUCUCAGAUCCGAUUGUUGCAAGGCAUGUCCUCAGAGAGAACGCCUUUUCUUAUGACAAGGGAGUUCUUGCUGAGAUUUUAGAGCCCAUCAUGGGAAAAGGGUUGAUACCUGCUGACCUCGAUACCUGGAAGUUAAGAAGAAGAGCUAUAACUCCUGCGUUCCAUGCAUUGUAUCUGGAGGCCAUGGUCAAAGUAUUCAGCGACUGUUCUGAGAAAAUGAUAUCGAAAUCUGAGAAACUCUUAAGGGACAGCGGAGGGGACACGAUUGAGUUGGAUCUUGAAGCAGAGUUCUCGAGUUUGGCUCUUGAUAUUAUAGGGCUUAGCGUCUUCAACUACGACUUUGGCUCUGUCACAAAAGAGUCCCCUGUCAUUAAGGCGGUUUAUGGGACUCUUUUCGAGGCAGAGCAUCGGUCUACUUUCUACUUUCCGUAUUGGAACUUUCCUCCAGCCAGAUGGAUAGUUCCGAGGCAAAGAAAGUUCCAAAGCGAUCUCAAGAUUAUAAACGAGUGCCUUGAUGGACUCAUUCAAAAUGCAAAAGAGACAAGACAGGAAACAGAUGUAGAGAAGCUUCAGCAACGUGACUACUCUAAUCUCAAGGAUGCAAGUCUUUUACGGUUCUUGGUGGACAUGCGGGGUGUUGAUAUUGAUGACCGGCAGCUGAGAGAUGACUUAAUGACUAUGCUAAUUGCUGGUCACGAGACAACCGCAGCUGUUCUUACUUGGGCUGUUUACCUUCUUGCACAAUUCUUUAGCAUUCUGCUUCUAAACUCGCAGAGUCCUGCCAAAAUUAGGAAAGCUCAAUCUGAGAUUGAUGCUGUGCUUGGUGAAAAUGCACCUACCUAUGAAUCAUUGAAGAAGCUUGAGUACAUACGACUCACCGUUGUUGAAUCCCUUCGUCUAUAUCCUCAGCCGCCUCUGCUCAUCAGACGCACUCUUAAACCAGAAACCUUGCCUGGAGGAUACAAAGGUGAAAAGGAAGGUCAUAAAGUUCCAAAAGGGACUGAUAUCUUCAUUUCCGUGUACAAUCUCCAUAGAUCUCCAUACUUUUGGGAUAACCCACAAGAGUUUGAGCCUGAGAGGUUCUUAAGAACAAAGGAGAGCAACGGUAUUGAAGGCUGGGCUGGGUUUGAUCCAUCUAGAAGCCCUGGUGCACUCUACCCCAACGAGAUCAUAGCAGACUUUGCAUUCUUACCAUUUGGUGGAGGGCCAAGGAAAUGCAUUGGAGACCAGUUUGCACUAAUGGAGUCCACCGUUGCACUAGCUAUGUUGUUGCAGAAAUUCGACGUGGAGCUGCGUGGACCGCCGGAAUCUGUUGAGCUCGUGAGCGGCGCUACGAUCCAUGCCAAAAAUGGGAUGUGGUGUAAACUUAAGAGGAGAUCAAAAUGAAAUAAGAGAAGCAAAAAAACACCAUUGUGUUUUGUCUUGGUGAAAUAGUGAAACUUGUAACUUCAGGAUGCAUUAUUUUGAUACAAUCCUAUUAUUAAAUUGCAAAUUCAAGAUCAAAA